AUCUCAACCAUAUAUGCCAUCAUCUUCCUUGGCUAGCGUGCCAAUCCAUUUCCUUCUCUCUCUAAAUUUCCCGAGAGACAAACAGAGGCGUGUGCGCCUUGCUUCACUUCACUACCAACCAAGAGAUCGUCUUUCCCGGAUAAUUCCAUGGAGUCUGCACCACAACGUCGCCUGACGGCUAUACAGACACACCUCAUCGCCACCGCCGGCGACGACCGCUCGCAUUCACAGCUCCUUACCAAUCAAACCGCCGGCGAGUUCGUUUCCGAGCAGGGCUAUAGUGUGGUGCUUCCAGAGAAAUUGGAGACAGGAAAGUGGAAUGUCUACAGAUCUGCACAGUCUCCUUUGAGGCUUGUGAGUAGAUUCCCCGAUCAUCCUGAAAUUGGUACAUUGCACGAUAAUUUUGUGCACUCAGUUGAGACCUUCCGUGAUUACAAGUAUUUGGGUACACGAAUUCGAGUUGAUGGAACAGUUGGAGAGUACAAAUGGAUGACAUAUGGAGAAGCAGGUACUGCUCGAUCAGCAAUUGGUUCUGGUUUAAUAUACUAUGGAAUACCGAAAGGAUCUUGUGUUGGCCUAUAUUUUAUCAACAGACCUGAGUGGCUCAUUGUUGAUCAUGCCUGCUCUGCAUUUUCAUAUGUAUCAGUUCCUUUAUAUGACACUCUUGGUCCAGAUGCUGUCAAGUAUAUUGUAAAUCACGCUGUCUUACAAGCUAUAUUUUGUGUGCCACAAACGUUAAACUCUUUGCUGAGCUUCUUGUCUGAGAUCCCAUCCGUACGUUUAAUAGUGGUAGUUGGAGGAAUAGAUGAUCAAAUGCCAUCACUUCCAUCAACAACUGGAGUUGAGGUUGUAUCAUAUUCAAAACUACUCAAUCAGGGUCGCAGUCAUCCCCAACCUUUUUGCCCCCCAAAGCCUGAUGAUGUUGCAACCAUUUGCUAUACAAGUGGUACAACUGGGACACCUAAGGGAGCUGUACUGUCCCAUGGAAACUUGAUUGCUAAUGUUGCUGGGGCCACUCUUUCCGUCAAAUUUUACCCCUCAGAUGUUUACAUAUCAUAUCUUCCUUUGGCACACAUCUAUGAACGGGCCAACCAGGUCAUGACAGUAUAUUUUGGAGUUGCAGUUGGAUUCUACCAGGGAGACAAUUUGAAACUAAUGGAUGAUAUGGCUGCUUUAAGACCAACUAUAUUCUGCAGUGUUCCUCGACUGUACAAUAGAAUCUAUGCUGGCAUUACAAAUGCUGUAAAGACAUCUGGUGUUUUAAGGGAGAGGCUGUUCAAUGCUGCAUACAAUGCUAAGAAGAGAGCAAUAUUGAGUGGUAAGAAUCCAUCUCCCAUGUGGGACAGAUUGGUAUUUAAUAAAAUAAAAGAAAAGCUUGGAGGCCGAGUUCGAUUUAUGGUUUCGGGUGCCUCACCCUUGUCUCCUGAUGUCAUGGAAUUUUUGAGGAUCUGCUUUGGGGGUCGAAUAACCGAAGGAUAUGGAAUGACUGAAACUUCUUGUGUAAUAAGCUCAAUGGAUGAGAGUGACAACCUAACCGGUCAUGUUGGAUCACCUAAUCCAGCUUGUGAAGUGAAGCUUGUGGAUGUUCCGGAAAUGAACUACACAUCUGAGGAUCAGCCCUAUCCUCGUGGUGAAAUCUGUGUUCGGGGUCCCAUACUUUUUCUAGGUUACCAUAAAGAUGAAGUGCAGACGAGAGAGGUAAUUGAUGAAGAUGGAUGGCUUCAUACGGGAGACAUAGGUUUAUGGUUACCUGGAGGUCGCCUAAAGAUCAUUGAUAGGAAGAAGAACAUUUUUAAGUUGGCACAAGGAGAGUACAUAGCUCCAGAGAAAAUUGAGAAUGUAUAUGCUAAAUGCAAAUUUGUUGCCCAGUGCUUUGUAUAUGGUGACAGCAUGAACUCAUCUUUGGUUGCUAUAGUGUCAGUGGAUCCAGAUGUUUUAAAAGCAUGGGCCGCAUCUGAAGGCAUCCAGUAUCAAGAUUUAGGACAACUGUGUAAUGACCCAAGAGUGAGGGCUGCUGUCCUGGCUGACAUGGAUGUUGUUGGUAGGGAAGCUAAGUUGAGAGGUUUUGAAUUUGCCAAAGCUGUGACUUUGGUGCUUGAACCAUUUACCAUGGACAAUGAUCUGCUUACUCCAACAUUCAAGAUCAAGAGACCUCAAGCAAAGGCAUACUUUGCGAAUGCAAUAUCUAGCAUGUAUGCUGAACUCUCUACAUCCGAUCCCUCCCCUCAGAGCAAGUUGUGAACUAUGUUAACAAAAUGCUGUAUCAAUGCUGAGCAUUUCAAACCUGGGAUUCAAGCAACCUCCCACUUGAUAAUAAGAUUACUGGAGUGGCAACAUAGUAAAUGGCUUGGAACCAUCCUGAAGGUAUCUGAUCUUCUACUCCUGCUUUUAACUUUUUCCUCUGUUUCCUAAUAAGUUCAUUGUGGAUAUUAUAGCUGAUCAACCACACCUGAUUGCUCAGUUCAUCUAUGCUUAUAUUCAUUGUUGUAUUCUCAAAUAAUGUAUCAGUAAUGAAGCUGAAGAUGAAUUUCAAGGUGUUGGUAUUUCAUUAUUUAUGAGCAUAACUGUGAAUCAUCUUGCAUGAUGAUUAGUUCUUGA